ACCAUAUAGUUGUAUAAUUCCCGACCAAUGGCGAAGAGCAAGUAUGAAUAUACCAGAAAAUUUGAAACCAAUGACAGUUGCUUGUUAAAUUGUUUUAUAGUUGUGCGUUUAGAUGGAAGAAAUUUUCACAGAUUUUCAGAUAGUCAUGAAUUUGAGAAGCCAAAUGAUGCAAAUGCAUUGAAUUUGAUGAACAGAUGUGCAUUGGAAGUGAUGAAAGAAUUCCAAGAUCUCAUUCUGGCUUAUGGACAGAGUGACGAAUAUAGUUUUGUCUUUAAACGAAGCACAACUUUAUUUAAACGUCGAGCAAGCAAGCUCAUGACAAACUUGGUUUCCUACUUUGCAUCGAGUUAUGUGUUUUACUGGUCUGAAUAUUUCAAGGAUAAAAAUUUAAAAUAUCCACCAACUUUUGAUGGCAGAGUUAUUCUAUAUCCUAGUGAUGCAAAUCUAAAGGACUAUCUUAGUUGGAGACAGGCAGACUGUCACAUCAAUAACCUUUACAAUACAUGCUUUUGGAAUCUUGUAAAAAUUGGAGGUCUAAGCCCGGAUGAUGCAGAGAAACGACUUUGUGGAACUGUUUCAGCUGACAAGAAUGAAAUUCUCUUCUCAGAAUUUAACAUAAACUAUAACAAUCUGCCGGAAAUGUUUAGAAAAGGCAGUGUGCUUUUGUGGGAGAAGGUAGAAAAGCCCAUCUCUAAAGGUGACUCAAUGUUGAAGGAUGGUACAUUGACUACGCGGGUUUAUCCCCAAGUGGUCACCUUACAUAUAGACAUAAUCAAAGAGGAAUUCUGGGAAACGCAUCCUAUGUUACUGGAAAGUUAAGGUGUUCAAUUUCCUCCAUCUAAAGGAUAACAAGGAGCCUCAAAGAAAGACCCAGGGUCAUGUUAAACCUUUAAACAUUCAUAGUGUGAAGAAUUGUGUACUUUUCAACUGUGAAAAACACCUCUCUUUAUGACACGUUCAUAUUAUAGAAGGCAAAGACAAGCGCAACACA